CCAGGGGGCAGUGUGCAGACUCCUCAGAGGUCAAAGGGUAGUACUUCCUGUUUGGCGGUAAAGCGUGUGCUGCUCUGCUUUGGGAAGUGCAAACGUUUUUGUGACGAACAUAUAUUCCAUUUAUUCAUUUCCAGACAGCAUUAAGUAGAAUAAAAAUGAGUUUACCUCUGAACCCAAAACCAUUCCUGAACGGCCUGACGGGCAAGCCAGUGAUGGUGAAGCUGAAGUGGGGUAUGGAGUAUAAGGGCUACCUGGUGUCUGUGGAUGGAUACAUGAAUAUGCAGCUGGCAAACACGGAAGAGUAUGUGGAUGGAGCAUUGGCGGGUCAUCUCGGUGAAGUGCUUAUCAGGUGCAAUAAUGUUUUGUACAUCAGAGGCGUAGAAGAAGAAGAGGAAGACGGAGAAAUGAGGGAGUGAAGAAGACUCGGCCCUGUUGUGUGAUUGUACCUCGUAGUUGAGUUGAUGUGUGUUUGUGUUUUCACCAUGUGAAACAAAUGAACGGCGGGGGUUUAGGUUAUUUUUCAAGCAGUUUUGAAGUUUCUUUUCCUUUUUUUACUGUAUGUGAGGCCAAUUUUAUGUUGUGACUUUGUGAUACAGACACAAUAAAAUGAUUAUUGUACCCUUUCUUAAA